AUGGGCUCUUCCAAGAAAUCUCCCUUCAGUGGGCAUCGCACAGUCCAAUCUUUUGUAAAAAAUAAUUCAUAUCAUGAUUCUUUCUUUGUCAUCAAGCGUGUUUCUGAGUUAAAUGAAACUUUUAAUUCUGUAUCUCCUUUUCUUGUACAGAAGGCGUUUGCAGCAACAAUAGGGGACGUCACUUCAAUCCGUAAAAUGCGUUCGGGUGACUUGCUUGUUGAAGUAAAUUCUAAAAAGCAAGCCCAACAAAUAAUGAAAUUGAAAGCUUUGGCUGAUAUCCGAAUUACUGUAAGUCCGCACUUAUCUUUAAAUUAUUCUAAAGGUGUUAUAACUUGUGGGGAAUUGUUUAAUGUUCUCCUUGAAGAAAUAGCAAAAGAAUUAAAACCCCAAGGAGUGACCAAUGUACAACAAAUCUCAAUCCGGCGGAACGAACAAAUACUUCCCACCAAACAUUACAUACUAACUUUCCAUAGCCGAAAUAUACCAGAAUUUAUAUAUGCCGGCUACAUAAAAUUACCUGUUAGACAUUUUAUUCCAAACCCAUUACGGUGUUUUCAUUGCCAGCGUUUUGGUCACUCGAAAGCCAACUGCCGCGGGACACUCACUUGCGCCCGCUGUGCUGAGAAAGGCCACGAUAGUCAGCAGUGUAGCGCACCCGAAAAAUGCGCAAACUGCGAUAGCAGUCAUGCAUCAUUCUCUCGAACUUGUGAACGUUGGCAACUGGAAAAACGGAUAAUAACAACUAAAGUAAUAGAAAACAUAUCCUAUCCAGAAGCCAGGCGAAAGGUUUUGUCCCAAACACCUAAACCUGGUAUAAGUUAUGCAGCUGUUGUACAAAAACCAUUCUGUGAAAACUGUUCAUGCUCUAACUGUACAAAAAGCAAUCUAAAAACAAAACCGAACCCUAAAAUUUCAGAUUCUGAAUCAGAAAAUUCUACAAUAAGUAUUCCUGAAACUAAUGAAAUUGAAACGCACAAAAUAAAAUCCAAAUCCUACAAAUCCCUGAAGCUAAAGCUUUCAAAACGUGGCCUGUCUGCAAAGGAUUUAAAUACAAAAUUUAAAAAGUCAAAUUUGCGUUCAUCUGUCGCACUGGGACUCGCAAACCAAGGUGUCGUCCAUAAGGACUUAACGUCCAUUUUUGGUGGAGCAUCCAAGAGUUCCGAAUUAAUCUCGCUUCAUCCAUCUGAGGGGGAGGAUGAAGAACUGAAAAUGAGUUGCGAUGCCUCGCAACCUCCACCCAUUGUCCCUAAUUCUUUACCAGCAACAAGAAUUUCUUAA